AUGGGAAUAAAAUUCAUUCCUUCGACUUAUACUAAAGCGUCUUCUUCAACCGGCAUCGUCCUUAAAAAAACAUCAAAAAAAGGAAUUGUUCGUCGUCCCAAAAAAUCUUCUCACCCAACCAUGGAAUCUACUUUGACUAAUGAUUCACCUAAAAAAUUAACUCAAAGAAAACCAAGAAUCAAAAAAUGGAGAUCUUCUAAACAACAUCCGAUUGUUUCAUUUCCUCCAGAAUUAUUUAUUAAUAUCCUUUAUUUCUGCGAUCCGCAAACUUUACUUUCCCUUUCGAAAGUUUGUAGACAAUUUGCAAUGUACUUGAAUCCAUCUGAUUCUUCAAUCACUACUAAAAUUUGGAGAGAUUCAAGAAAAGGAUUUUUAAAUAACUUGAAAUUGGAGCCACCUGAAGGUAUGACCGAAAAAGAGUAUUGCCAAUUGUCAGUUGCACGUGGUUGUAUGGUUUGUGGUCAACCUAGAAUUAGAAAAGUUUAUUGGGCUUUUAAAGUAAGGUGUUGUACCACUUGUUUGGAAAAGAUGACUAUUAGAGAUUAUCGAAUUGAAAGCGAAAUGGGUAUCCCAUCCUGUGUUUUACUCGGUCUUCCAUAUGUCCAACAACAAAAAUGGGCUAAACGAAGAGGAUCAUUCAUAGUUAGAAUUUAUUCAGUAAAACAAGUUAAAGAUGCUCACAAAGAAUAUAAAAAGGUACCCGCGAAAGAACGUAAAGAUUGGUGUCAAAGAAUGAAAAUUCGAGGUAUUGAGGUUAUGAAAGAGGUUAAUCAACGUAUGAAUGAUGAUAGUAACAAACGAAUGAAAUGCAUAUAUCCAUUGGAUUACUAA